AUGCUGAAUUCUAAAGCUUUGGAGCUGGUUAGUCUAGCAGCUAUGAGACAUUUGAGUAGAAUUGCAUCCGACCAUUGUCCCAUUGUUUUGAAAUUAUUUCAACAACAGGUUCAUAAAUCCAGAUUUCGCAAAUUUGAGGAUGUAUGGAUAUCCUAUGCAGCGGCCACUUCUGUAAUCAGGAAUUUGUGGGCCAAAUUUAUAAGAGGUGAUGAUAUGGAAGCUCUAAAUAAGAAAAUGUCUAGAGUUCUUAAAGCCUUAUUUUUUUGGAGUAAGGCUAAGCAUCAAAAUCUGGAAGUUUUGAAGGAAAAGUUGAAGAAGGAGAUUGAAGAUCUACAGCAGGAAGAAGCUUCAAGUUUACUAUUUUCGAAUAGCGAAGUACUAAUCCUGAAAUCCAAAGUCAAUGAAUUCAACUUUACUCUUGUAAGGUUGAAUACAUGGUGGAAACAAAGAGCAAAAGCCAAGUGGAUGAAGGAAGGGGAGGUGAACACUUCCUUCUUUCAUGCAUUUGCGAAUGGAAGAAGAAAUGGGAAUUCUAUCAAGCAAAUAAGAAAUGAGGAUGGAGUAUUAACUGAAGACCAAGAUUGUAUAAGAAGAAACUUCUUUCAGUUUUUUUCCAAGAAAUGGAAAUACAGAGAUUGCAUUCUAUACAAUUGGCCUAUGAAUGAGAACAUCUUGAAACAUGAAGAUUGUGGAAUCCUGGAUGUUGAAUUGAAGCUAGAAGAAGUUGAAAAGGUUAUUAAUGAACUUUGA